UAAAUUCUCUUCCUUUUUAUCUCUUUGAUAGAUCUCAAUUUGCCUUCUCUUUGAUCUUAUCUUUUACGAUUGUGCAGAUCUCAAAUCCCUGAUUUUGUAUUUCUUCAAUCUCUAUUUCCUUCGUUUUCUCAGAUUCUUUUAGGGUUUUUUUUUUUCUCUCCCAAUUUUGUUUGAUUCCUUGUCCAAAGUUUCUUCCUUUCCUUAUGACUUUCUUUUGGUACAUUGAAUCAGAGGUGCAAGGAAGAGAAAAAUGGCUACUUUGACUGAGCCAUCAUCAUCUUUAAGUUUCACAUCUUCUCAUUUCUCUUAUGGUUCUAUUGGGUCUAAUCAUUUCCCAUCAAGCACAGCUUCUAAUCCUGAAGUUGUUAGUCUAAGCAAACUCAGCUCCAAUCUUGAGCAGCUUCUUAAUAAUCCAGAUUUUGAUUACAGUGAUGCAGAGAUCAUUGUUGAUGGUGUUCCGGUUGGUGUUCAUAGAUGUAUUUUAGCUGCAAGAAGUAAGUUUUUCCAAGAAUUGUUCAAGAAGGAGAAGAAAAUUUCGAAAACUGAGAAACCAAAGUACCAGUUAAAAGAGAUGUUGCCUUAUGGAACUGUUGGUCAUGAAGCUUUCUUGUAUUUCUUGAGUUAUAUCUACACUGGGAGAUUAAAGCCAUUUCCUUUGGAAGUUUCGACUUGUGUUGAUCCAGUUUGUGCUCAUGAUUCUUGUCGACCUGCCAUUGAUUUUGUUGUUCAAUUGAUGUAUGCUUCAUCUGUUCUCCAAGUGCCAGAGCUAGUUUCAUCCUUUCAGCGACGGCUUUGUAACUUUGUGGAGAAGACCCUUGUUGAGAAUGUGCUUCCGAUUCUUAUGGUUGCUUUCAAUUGUAAGUUGACUCAGCUUCUUGAUCAGUGUAUCGAGAGAGUGGCAAGGUCAGAUCUUUACAGGUUCUGUAUCGAAAAGGAAGUUCCUUCUGAAGUAGCAGAGAAGAUUAAACAGCUUCGACUUAUGUCCCCGCAAGACGAAGAAACCAGUCCCAAGAUUUCGGAGAAAUUGCUCGAAAGAAUCAGUAAAAUUCUCAAGGCGUUGGAUUCAGAUGAUGUUGAGCUUGUGAAGCUUCUUUUGACUGAGUCAGAUAUCACUUUAGAUCAAGCCAAUGGUCUGCAUUAUUCUGUGGUGUAUAGUGAUCCGAAAGUUGUUGCCGAGAUUCUUGCUCUGGAUAUGGGUGACGUGAAUUUUCGGAACUCCCGGGGUUAUACUGUUCUUCAUUUUGCUGCGAUGCGUAGAGAGCCAUCGAUCAUUAUAUCGCUUAUCGAUAAAGGCGCCAAUGCAUCUGAGUUUACAUCUGACGGACGCAGCGCAGUUAAUAUAUUGAGAAGACUGACAAAUCCAAAGGAUUAUCAUACCAAAACAGCGAAAGGGCGUGAAUCUAGUAAAGCUAGGUUAUGCAUCGAUAUCUUGGAAAGAGAAAUCAGGAAGAACCCCAUGGUUCUGGAUACACCAAUGUGUUCCCUUUCUAUGCCUGAAGAUCUGCAAAUGAGACUGAUGUACCUAGAAAAGAGAGUGGGGCUUGCUCAGUUGUUCUUUCCAACGGAAGCUAAAGUGGCUAUGGACAUUGGUAACGUAGAAGGUACAAGUGAGUUCACGGGUCUGCCACCACCUUCGAAUGGGUUAACCGGAAACUUGAAUCAGGUUGAUUUAAACGAAACGCCUGAUAUGCAAACCAAAAGACUUCUUACUCGUAUGGAGGCUCUAAUGAAAACAGUUGAUACUGGUCGAAGGUUUUUUCCAUAUGGCUCAGCGGUUCUAGAUAGGUACAUGGCUGAGUACAUAGACGAAGACAUCCUGGAUGAUUUACGGUUUGAGAAGGGAUCUACGCAUGAAAGAAGAUUGAAGAGAAUGAGAUAUAGAGAGCUUAAGGAUGAUGUCCAAAAGGCAUAUAGCAAAGACAAAGAGUCUAAGAUUGCGCGGUCUUGUCUUUCUGCUUCAUCUUCUCCUUCUUCUUCUUCCAUAAGAGAUGACCUGAACAACACAACAUGAAAGUGCACCAUAAGUUAAAUGUAAUUAGAUAUCUUUGUUAAAAGGGUUUUCUUUUUGGGUGUUCUUCAGAUUUUAUACAGAUGCUUUAGGUUCAGUUUUAAUAAAGAGAGAUGGAUAGU